AUGAACAUCAACGGUGUCCAGAUGCACGAACUGUCUGCCAACUCCAACGCUGAUUAUAACACCUGGGUGAACUACAUCCAAGAAGCCCCGCUAGCGAAGGUGGAACUGAAGCAGAGUGUAACUCCCUCGCACCAGGCCAGCCGCUCUACUGACGACUCGGGUAUCAACGUAUCCCGUAACCCAUCGGACGCAUCCGAAAAAUCCAACCUAACGGCCGAAGACACCGAGCCAGAGCGAGACAGGUGCUCGUUAGAACGCGCCGAGAGCGACAGGGACAGAGCGUCUGCUGAGAGGAGCGUGCCGGACAAGGACAGCACGAUGGAGGACAAGGAAAAAGACAAGGAAGAGAAAUGCGAAAAAGAACCCGAGGCCGUGGAGAGAGAGGAAAAGCAUGUCCCACGGCGCCCAACAGUGGGCCGUAUAAGCACGCACGCCAGCAACACUGCGCCGGGAUUAGAACCCACGGGAGCCAUUACUGUGCGUCCGCCCGUCGCCGCCUCCGCUCAUACUGCCGAGACUGCGUAUACCUACCAAGGUCAGUCCCACAGCCCACGCCCAACAGUGGGCCUCGAGCCCACGGGAGCCGUCACUGUGCGCCCGCCCGUCGCCGCCUCUGCACAUACUGCUGAGACCGCGUAUACCUACCAAGGUCAGUCCCACAGCCCACGCCCAACAGUGGGCCUCGAGCCCACGGGAGCCGUCACUGUGCGCCCGCCCGUCGCCGCCUCUGCUCAUACUGCCGAGACUGCUUAUACCUACCAAGGUCAGUCCCACAGCCCACGCCCAACAGUGGGCCUCGAGCCCACGGGAGCCACCACUGUGCGCCCGCCCGUCGCCGCCUCCGCUCAUACUGCCGAGACUGCGUAUACCUACCAAGGUCAGUCCCACAGCCCACGCCCAACAGUGGGCCUCGAGCCCACGGGAGCCAUCACUGUGCGCCCGCCCGUCGCCGCCUCCGCUCAUACUGCUGAGACCGCCUACACUUACCAAGGUCAGUCCCACACCCCAUGCCCAACAGUGGGCCUCGAACCCACGGGAGUCAUCACUGUGCGCCCGCCCGUCGCCGCCUCCGCUCACACCGCCGAGACUGCGUAUACUUACCAAGGUCAGUCCCACAGCCCACGCCCAACAGUGGGCCGCGAGCCCACGGGAGCCAUUACUGUGCGCCCGCCGGUCGCCGCCUCCGCUCAUACUGCCGAGACCGCGUAUACCUACCAAGGUCAGUCCCACGGCCCACGCCCAACAGUGGGCCGCGAGCCCACGGGAGCCACCACUGUGCGUCCGCCCGUCGCCGCCUCCGCUCAUACCGCCGAGACCGCGUAUACCUACCAAGGUCAGUCCCACGGCCCACGCCCAACAGUGGGCCGCGAGCCCACGGGAGCCACCACUGUGCGUCCGCCCGUCGCCGCCUCCGCUCAUACCGCCGAGACCGCCUACACCUACCAAGGUCAGUCCCACAGCCCACGCCCAACAGUGGGCCGCGAGCCCACGGGAGCCAUCACUGUGCGCCCGCCCGUCGCCGCCUCCGCUCAUACCGCCGAGACUGUGUAUACCUACCAAGGUCAGUCCCACGGCCCACGCCCAACAGUGGGCCUCGAGCCCACGGGAGCCACCACUGUGCGCCCGCCCGUCGCCGCCUCCGCUCAUACCGCCGAGACUGUGUAUACCUACCAAGGUCAGUCCCACGGCCCACGCCCAACAGUGGGCCUCGAGCCCACGGGAGCCAUCACUGUGCGCCCGCCCGUCGCCGCCUCGGCUCAUACUGCCGAGACUGCGUAUACUUACCAAGGUCAGUCCCACAGCCCACGCCCAACAGUGGGCCGCGAGCCCACGGGAGCCAUCACUGUGCGCCCGCCCGUCGCCGCCUCGGCUCAUACCGCCGAGACCGCGUAUACCUACCAAGGUCAGUCCCACAGCCCACGCCCAGCAGUGGGCCGCGAGCCCACGGGAGCCAUCACUGUGCGCCCGCCCGUCGCCGCCUCCGCGCAUACCGCCGAGACCGCCUACACCUACCAAGAGCGUCUCCGCCGCCUAGACGAAGGCAUCGUGGCAGCACUAGCGGCCAAACGCGCGCUCGUGGGCCGCGCGCUCGGCGUGCCCGCGCCUGCGCACGCUCAUCUAGCUGAAUUGGCCGUCGCAGAAGCGCUGGGAGACCUUGACAUCAACCGCGAGCUGCGUGCAACCCGACAGAGCUCCCGCGAGAGCAGCGACGACGACGCGCCGCAGGAGCCCGACGUCAUGCAACUGCUGCUCGCCGCGCACGAACAAGCAACCCAGCUAACCGAAGCGAUCUCCAAAGCGUUGACCGUGAACGAAGCCGCGGUCGUAGCGGCGCGCGCGCGUCGCGGCCGCUGCAACAACUGUCGCGGCUCCGUCGUGUCGCAGCAGCCCGUCGUGUCGCAGCACGCCACGACGCCUGUGUCGCCGGCGCCGCAACAGGCCGUCGCGAGCGUGGCCAGUGUCGUGACGCCUGUAGCGAGCCUCGUCACGCCGGCGGUUAGCCGGACCAGUGUUGCAGAUACCCCCGAGUUCGCCAGACCCCUCGAAGACGGCGACCAGUCCCUAGACCGACAGGUGGCGUCGUCGCUGGCGCUGCUGGAGCGCUCGCUGUCCAGCGACGCGUCGUACGACAUGCUGCGCGAGCUCGACGCGACCGCGCAGCCCGAGGCGGCGUCGUCGCUGGCGCUGCUGGAGCGCUCGCUGUCCAGCGACGCGUCGUACGACAUGCUGCGCGAGCUCGACGCGACCGCGCAGCCCGAGGCAGACGCCGGGGACGCGCUCGGUGAGUCACACGCCAGGCGACCCGCAGGCGGCGUCGUCGCUGGCGCUGCUGGAGCGCUCGCUGUCCAGCGACGCGUCGUACGACAUGCUGCGCGAGCUCGACGCGACCGCGCAGCCCGAGGCAGACGCCGGGGACGCGCUCGGUGA